AUGAUUGAAAAGAUUAAGGAGAAUAAUAAAUACAAUUACUUUAGAUAUCUCUUGGGCUGUUUCUGGCUUAUAUAAUUUAAUGCAAUUACUAAUAAAUUAGUUGGAAGAAAUACUAAAAGUCAAGUUUAUUUAAGAGGCUCUUUUGAUGGUUCUGAGAAAUAAGGAACUAGAAGUUUUUCAAAAAAAUAUAGUAAGAUAAACUAUUAUUUUUAAGUAGAUUAUUUUCCUAUUAGAUGAUUAGUCUUAUAUGCAACUAGAGCUGAAAUGGAGAUGCACUAAUAAAGAGGCAUAAUAUUAUAAUUCUUUUUGUACAGUGGUUUGAAGAAUUUUGAAAUUAAUUACUUAGAUAUCGAACAAUUAUAAUUAACUGGUAUCUUGUCCAAAAUUUAAAUAUUCCUCUUAAAAUUAAUCAUUAGGAAGCUUGAGAAAUAAAAGUUUAUUCUUUUUUUUUUCAUAAUUACUUGUGACAGUAGUCAAUAGUAUGAAUAUAUUGAAACACAAUAUGAGUCGUUUGAAAAAUUGUCGAAGACUUCUCCUAAAAAUUUUAAUAAAAAGAUUGCCCUAUUUUAAAAAUUUUUAGAGCCAAGAAAGUUUCUGUCCUAAAUAAAGGUUUUUUAUCUUUCAGUAAAUUUUAUACUAUUCUGA